AAACGGGUGGCAUUUGCAGUGGGCUUCAUACAUCAAGCGGGUAUUGUAUACGGCGGUACGCUAUUCAGACAACUAUUAUCGGCUGUUGUGUGGCUAAUAAUCAUUAUCUGCGGGUAGACCUGACGCUUUCCAACAUCUUUCUCCGAGCUUCUGAUGCUGCACAAAGCUGGACUGACGAUGAAUCUAUGCAAACCUGGGGCCAGGACGCCACAAGGGCCUGUGCAAGCCUGAGUGGCGAAAGUCGUAAAGCCGUCGCGCCUCGCGACGCCAACUAUUCUGCAGGAAGACAUCUACCUCGCAGAUUUCGGCAUGUUCUUCAUCCAGAUCGCAAACCGGCGAACUAUGAGCCCACCACACAAGUAAAGUUCAUCGCUCCCGAGCCGUUCUGCGGCAGUGACGCUAGCUUUGUUUCUGAUAUGUGGGGCUCUGGCCUGUGUAAUUUUUGCAAUCAGAGCCGGGGGGCCUCCAUUCGACGGCUAGUUCGACGCUGUGGAUCCAACCUUCUAAGAGAUGGUCAGGAUGCUUGGCCGACUCCCCGACUCUUGGUGGGGUACCUGGGAGGGGCGUAGUCUCUCGUUCAACGAAAAUGGAAACGUACUACCGGCUGGUCGUGCAGAAGUCCCUGUCGAAAGAACCUCAUUGCGACAGAUGCUGUAUGAGACUGAGGUGGAAUACCCCGCAGAUGGUCUCCAGUUCAGCAUGGUGGAGAAGAGGGGUGUACCGCUUGACGAGGUAGAGAUUGAACUUUUCGCGGACUUGCUGGGAAAGAUGCUCAGGUACCGUCUGGAGGAGAGAGUGCCCAUGAAGGAAGUAGUACAGCACCCCUGGUUCCAAUACGGAUAGUAAGCGAUGCUAGUCUCGAA